UGAUGUCCAGCUCUCCCCCUCCACUCAAGUGGAGAGUGCCGGCUGCUGGUGAAUUUCGCUGCGCUGUCUCUCUCUCUCUCUCUCUCUGUCUCUCUGUCCCUGGCUUGUUAUUUCUCUCCCUCUCUUCCCCACCCCCAGUCAGUCUGUUCCCCUCCUUUAAUCUUUAUCUCUCUCACUCCCUCUCCCUCUCUCUCUCUGCCGUUUUUUAACUCCCGAAUUUUCUUGCCUGUCCGAUGGUAGCAGUCAUGGGUUUGGAAGGUGCUGCUUAAGGAGCCUUGGCCGUGAACAUGUCAGCCAAACUUCAGACCAGUAACAUCACCAACAAGAAUGACCCUCGGUCCAUCAACUCCAGAGUCUUCAUCGGAAACCUCAACACAGCAGUGGUGAAGAAAUCCGAUGUUGAGACCAUCUUCGGGCAAUAUGGGAAAGUGGUUGGCUGCUCUGUUCACAAGGGCUAUGCCUUCGUCCAGUACACAAACGAGAGGACGGCACGCGUGGCGGUAGCCGGUGAGAAUCGCCGUGUACUUGCCGGACAGACGCUCGAUAUUAACAUGGCUGGUGAGCCCAAGCCCAACAGACCCAAGGGAUUGAAGCGGCCAAGUUCUGCUCUGUACAGCUCCAGCUACGAGUUUGAUUACGAUUACUUCAGGGAUGAUUUCUAUGAGAGGAUGCACGAGUAUUCAAGUCGGCCAUCGCUGAUUCCCAGGGCUAUUCCAGUGAAACGCCCGCGAGUGAUUGUACCUGUGCUACGCAGAGGGAAGUCUGGGAUCCCCCUGAAACUAAUGGCGCGCUCCACAGCCGUGACAAAAAGUGCUGCAAAAUUAAAACUAAAAUCCAAUGAACUUCAGAGGAUUAAAGUAGAACUCACGCAGAUUAAAUCCAACAUUGACUCACUCCUCGGGAGGCUGGAGGAGAUCGCAAGGGAGAAAGUGGGCCACACAGAGCCCAGGAAGAAAGUUGAUGAGGUCAGGACUGAGCUCUCCCACGCAGACUCUGCUUCGGAAACUGCUGACACAGUCACAGAGGAGCCACUGGGGGAGGAAGCUGACUGCGAUGAGCUCGAACAGGGUGAAGCAAUAGAAGAUAAUGAGUGUGAGGAUGAAAUGGAGACCAAUCACAGAGCAGAAACAGAGGGAACAUUAGAAUAGAAGACUGCAAACUAGUGGUUCCCAGCAGGCUACGAGUAAUGGGGAGAUCACAUGAAAUCAACUGAGGAGCUCGACACAUAAUUUAGAGAAAAACAACUGCAGGCCAUUGCUACCUUCAGCUCAACUAUACCAAGAGGAAGAGGGGACAUCUGUAAAACAUUUAGGCAUCUGAUCCUGUAUCACUGCAGAAAGGUUAAAACCUGCUGGUGUGCCACAGAAGUUGCUACAAAAAAAAACACCACACACCAUGAGCAAGACUGUUGGCCAACUGCCGCAGCAAGACUCUCUGGGGUUUGUGACAAGUAUCAGAUUGAUCCAUUGCUCCCGUCUUCUUAAUAUGUACAAAUAUUGUUGUCGACCUUCAUCAUGCUUGAGAAUAUUACAAAUCUGUGUCACAUAUUUUGUAGAAACUAAUUCCACUCUCCAAGUUUUUCCCUUCUCUCCUGGGACACUCAGCGCCAACCAUUUUACCCAUGAAUGAAUGUUGUCAGUGCCAUUUAAGAGCUCAACCCUGUCCUGCCCCAGACAUUCACUGCCAGCUGAGUGUUCAAGAACCUUGAACGGAGCCCACCACCCCCACAAUAACAUUUGAGACCAUUUUCUCAUUUUAUUUAUUUCUAGUUUAAAUGAAUCCAGAAUCGUUCCACUGCCAUUCCCCUCCUACCAACCCCAGCUCCCGGGAAUCAUAUCCCAUCAGGGUAGAUGUAUGAUCUGGCACUGGGCAGCUACUAACACACACUCUCAUAGCGCUGCCAAUGCUGGUUGGAUGUAUUCCUAGUGGUUUCAUCACAUGACUUACUUCCAACUUCCCCAUCCUUACACUUCCGUCACUGGUCACCUGCCAUGUCCAUUCUCACAGUGUCCCACCUUCUGGUCAAUUGGAAAACAAGCAGACUCUUAAAAAAAAAAUCAACCAAUCGGAAAUAAACUCUCAAAACAGCCCGUUUGUUUUUCCGUACCAAAUUCUUUUGCAAUGAAUAAACGGAAGUGACCAAAAGAAAAUGAAAAAAAAAACAUUUGUUUUUCUCUCUCUGGGUUGUUGCUCGCCAUAGUUUCCUGGAGAUUUAUCUUCAAUUCCUGGAGACAACGGGGCAAUUCUAGAGGGUUGGGAACCCUAACUUCCCAGCUGAUCCGAACAAAAUUGGAGAUACUGCUGCAGCAAGAGGUCACUGUCUGAUAUUUCCUUUCUUUCUGCAAAGAAACUCUGAGGCUUCAGCAAUUUGGCAGAGUCAGGAAUCGGAAAUGAAACCUUGUGCACCAUGAUGCUAAAAAAAAAGCUAACUUGCAAGAUCCAUCGCUCUCUUCAGACCUGUUUAGCUGAAAUGUGUUUUUGUCUUUAUUUCUACUCUUUGACCUUUCAAAUCCUGCCAUUGUUCUGAAUAAGUUUAUCGUCGAUCUACCGUGACUUGUGAGUUGUAUCAUUUUUUUUAAGCUGCCAGUAUUUUGUUUUCUUUGAAGUAUUCUUCAGUGUUAAAAAAAUGACAGAAAAUUAAACUGUGAUUGCUAUGGGAACAACCAGAGGAUUGAUUUGACCAUUGAUUGACAGGAGAGAAUCCACUUCAGACAAAUUAACAGGUUCCUCUGCUUCUUCAAGUUGUUGUGGCCCUUUAAAGAAGAACAAGCACAGUCCUGAGUUAGAAAUAUGUUGCUGUUCCUUCAUUGCUGCUGGGUCAAAACCCUGGAACUUCCUUCCUAACUGUACCACAUGGACUGCAGCUGUUCAAGAAGGCGGCUCACCACCACCACCACCAAUCCACGAGUAAUUAGGGAUGGGCAAUAAAUGCUGAGCUUGUCUACAAUGCUUGCAUCUCGUGAAUGAUAAAUAAAAAAACAAUUUGAA